AUGCCAAGCUGGCGUUGCAUAAAAAAACAAGCCUAUGCAUUCAGCAAAUAUAACCCUGCGAGCAGAGACGCGUCUCUCACUCACCCGGAGGGGAGCCCAGGUCCUGCUGCCGCCAGUGGAACACAGGCGACGGACACUGAGAAGUUCAACUCCAUGGACUUUGGAGAAUUUGUGGAUGUGUUUGGGAAUGUCAUCGAGAGAUGUCCUCUGAUUGCGGCCGCCGUUGGGUCCCAGCGUCCGUCCUCUGACUUGGAAGAUCUAGAGCAGCACCUUGUUGCCUUUACUGAGGCUCUUCCGCAGUCAGGUAAGGAGGGCGUCCCGCGCUGCCACCGGGACCUGGCGGGCCGCGAGCUGCAGCGGGGCGAGCGCAGCGCCGAGUCGCGGCGGGGCGAGCGCAGCGCCGCGGGCCUCACGAGCCUGGGCGCGGCCGAGCGGCUCCGGCUGGCCGAGCCCAGCGCGCAGUACCGCGCGCGCUCCGGCUUCCCCUUCGCGCUCGCCGCGCGCCUCUGCGACUGGGCGGCGGUGCCCCGCGAGCGGGUGCGCUGGCUGCACUGCCCGGCGGCGCAGGCGCUGAGCGCCGCCCUGCGCGAGGUGAAGAAGGUCGGCCGCCGGCGUCUCGCCGAGCUCCUCGGGGGCCGCGCCAGCCGGGGACCCGGGACGCACGUCGUGACGCGCGGGGGCCGCGGGCGCGCGCGCUGCGCUUGCAACCGCGUCCCCAGCCGCGCACAAGGGCCGGGGAGAACCGAGGCAGCCGCACGAAUAAUAAGCCCCUUUGUCCGCCUACCCGCCGGCUCACGCUUUGCCAGAAUAGACAGUUUCGUGCUUUGCGGGCCCCGCCUCCCCGCGCCGCCCCCGAUUUAUCCGGCUCACUGCCCCAAUUCUUCACUCCCUUAG